GAGAUCAAGAAGAGAUCUAGAGUGCCUGGGGUUAUGGUCACCCAGUUCGUCAAGGAACUGCCACGUGGAAAAACUACACCUGAUUUCACCAGGAAGCCAAUCUCCUUGACAGUUCAAGAAGGCAAGGUGGCCAUUUUUAAAGCAAUGGUAAGUGGAGAACCAACACCAACUGUAACAUGGGCUCGCAACAAGGGUGACAUGUCUGAUCCAGAAAUGUAUAAGACAAGAUAUAAUGAAAGGAGUAGAGAGCAUGCUCUAGAGAUACAAAAUGCCCAAGUAGACCAAGCAGACACGUACAAAUGUUUUGCUACAAAUCCAUUUGGGAAAGCAGUGUGCACAGCUGCACUGAGUGUAUUUUCAGUUGGAUUCAAGAAAAAGAAAACUAAUGGCCAAAACAAUGAUCCUGAAGACUUCCGGAAAAUGCUUAAGAAAACCAAUAUUGUCACAAAGAGAAAAGAAAAACCCAAGAAAGAGGGAGAGAUUGAUCCAAAAUUCUGGGAACUGAUGCUAAGUGCCAAAAAGUCAGAUUAUGAGCGCAUCUGUCAUGAAUUUGGAAUCACAGACUUUCGCUGGAUGCUAAAACAGCUUAAUCUGAAGAAAAAGGAGAAGGAGGAUGAACAAGCAAAGGUGGUUCAAAACGUAGACAACAUGAAGCAGAUUGAAGUGACAACAAGUGGCAGAGCUGAAUUUGAGUUUGAUAUGAAGAUUAAGGACCAAAACAGUAAAAUCUAUUUGUACAAAAACGGUGAGAUGAUUGAUUAUGGUAAUGGCACUGAUGAUUCAUCUAAACAUAAUAUGAAGAAAACUGGUGAUAAGUACAAGUUUAGCAUCAACAAACUUGACUUAAAUGAUAGUGGACUUUACCAAGUGGAUGUUGAUGAUGUCAACAUUUUCUCAACAAGCUUAGCAAUUCCUGAUGUGGAAUUCGAUGGUAUGCUAAAAGAUGCUAAAGUGGUUGAGGGGCAGGAUGCAGUGUUUGAGGGAGUUUUUUCUGGUCCUGUACCACAAAUCACAUGGUGUGCCAAUGACAUUUCUCUUGAGCAUGGAGACAAGUACAAUAUCACAGUCUCUGAAGACAAGCUCAGCCACAGAUUAGUAGUAAAGAACUGUAGCCAAGGGGACAAGGGCGUGUACACAGCUAUUGCUGGGAUUAAAUCAUCCAGGGCCACCCUUUCUGUUGAUGAGGAUCCUAAUGCCAAGGGGAAAGGUCAAGGUGGUGCAAAGGAUGGAGCAGGUGAUCUUGCAAGAAGUCUGGCAGAAGAACAGGCAAGAGCGCAGAGAGAAAAAGAUGAAGCAGCUGGGAGAGGCAAGGCUAUGGAUGGGAGUGGUGAUGGAGAGGAUGGCCAUGAUGGAACCGAUGGCCGUGGUGAUGAAGGGGAUGGUCGUGGAGGACUUGGCUUGGGAGAUGGAAGUGGAGGAAAUGCAACAGGGAAGUAUGGACGAGGAGGAGAGGGUACAGAAGGAAGUGGGGAGAGUGGAGACGGUUCUGGAAUGGGUUUGGGAGCAGAUGGAUCAGCAGUUGGUUCAGGUGGAGACGGUACAGCUCAUACUUCAAUUUCCAUGAAUAACUUACCACUUAGUCAAAGUGAAGUUAUUAUAAUUCAUUCAAAUGCAUUCGUUCCAGAUGAUAAAGUGCACUUCGCAAGCGGAUUAUCAGACAAAAAUGCCCUCCGCGGCAAACCUGCAGAGCUAGUGUGUAAACUAAAUACUGACAAAAUUGAUGGUGUGUGGUAUAAAGAUGGAAAGAAGCUGACUUCCAAAGAUGGAGUGGUCAUCUCUAAAGAUGGUUGUACACAUAAGCUCAUUAUAGAGAACUGCAAUGAUUCUGAUGCAGGUCUAUAUCAUUUUGAGGUUAAUGGUUGCAAGACAGAGGCCAUGGUGAGAGUGGGAGAUCUUCCAGAAUUCGACCCAGACGCGUUGCAAAAGUUCUCUAACCCCGUGAUAGUGAAAGCAGGCCAGAGUGCAUCUUUUAAGAUGUCAUUUCCUCCACAAGCCUCAUUGGAGAUUAAAUGGUUUAAAAAAAGCUCUGAGCUUCUUGAUGGGGGUUCAGUUAAAUUGGUGAAGGAAUCAAACCACAGUCGUCUUCAAAUGAAAGACUGCCUGCGAACGGAUACUGGUCAAAUCAAAAUCCAGCUAAAAAACUCUUUUGGUUCUAUUGAGGCUUUAUCAAGUCUUAUUGUACUAGACAAGCCAGGUCCACCACGAGGCCCACUAGAAGUCAAUGAAAGCACAUCUGCAGUUCUUGAAUUGAAAUGGAAUCCUCCGAAGGAUGACGGUGGCUCACCAGUGACAAACUACAUAAUUGAGCGUCAACAGGUUGGGCAGAAUACCUGGAAAAAGAUUGGGGAUAUUUCAACUAACCAUCUAACCUUCAGAGAUAGAAGUGUGUCCCUUGGCAAGAGGUACAUCUAUCGCAUCUAUGCUGAGAAUCUUGAGGGCAUCAGUGAGGCGAUGGAGAGUGAAAAAAUCAUGGCUGGCUCAUUAAUGUUCCCUGGUCCACCAUCCCCACCGAAAGUGGUCAGUGCGUUCAAAAACUGUAUUAACCUAACAUGGACUCCACCAGAGACAGACGGAGGGAAUAAAAUCUUGGGCUACCAGCUAGAGAAAUGCAAGAAAGAUACAAACCAAUGGGUGACUCUGAACCCAGUUAGUGAACCCAUUCAAGCUCUGAAGUAUGCAGUGAAGGAUGUGUCUGAGGGGUCAGAGUACGAGUUCAGAGUAACAGCCAUUAAUAUGUUUGGGGCUGGAGAACACAGUGGUCCCUCUGAGAUCGUCUGCGCUAAAAACCCCAACAUGAAGCCCCGUUUCAAAGAUCCUGAAGACUUUAUGGUUGUGAGAUCAGGAUAUUCUAUCAGAAUCAAAAUUGAUUAUGAGGCCACUCCACCACCAGACAUUACAUGGCUUAAGAAUGGUGAACCUGUAUCUCCCUGGAACAAGAUCAUUCAUUCUGAUGGCACGUGCACACUUGUCGUGCCCUCCUCAAAGUAUGACGAUUCUGGUGUCUACACCAUUGUGGCUAAAAACACAAUGGGGCAAGCCAGUUUUGACAUAGAGGUCAGAGUAACAGAUGAACCUAAGCCUCCAGGCCCAGUGGAGCUAGAACAGGUGGUUUAUGGUAAAGUCAUUAUCAAGUGGGCUCUGUCUCCAGACCACGAGAGAGAUGACCGACUGCACUACAUGGUGGAAGAACAUAACUCCAACUCACGCAUUUGGCGCACAAUAGCCGACCACCUACUCUGUAAUACCUACACUACCGGCAUUCAACCAGGUCAAGAAUAUCACUUCAAAGUCUAUGCAAAAAAUGAUAUGGGAAUUUCUGAUCCUUCAGAUUCACCAACGUGGGGUGUAAACAGCAAUAAAGUUGUAGCACCCUCAACUGUGCCGACUGUAAUCAGUUUAGAAAGGCCACCUUCCAUCCUGGUUCCAUUGAAAUACCACACUCCACCAAAAGGAUACCAGUGCUUCAUGACUUGUGCAGUACGCGGCUGUCCCAGCCCAUAUAUUGCAUGGUACCAUGACGGGAUUUGCAUCAACUCUGACAAAAACUACUACAUCACAAAUGCAUUUGGUGUCUGCUCUAUGUACAUCCUCAGAGUUCGUCCUGAAGAUAGUGGCGAGUACAAAGUGGUGGCAGUCAACUCAUUUGGCAAGGCAGAAUGUUCUUCAAUGUUAAACGUGAAAGAUUGAUCUUCAUUCUGCUGGACGUGGCAAUUUUUGAUAUGCUUCUGCCACAACUAAUUUCAUGCAUACAUUUUAAGCUAGAGCAGUGCAUGCAUAUACAGUAAAUGAACAUAGCUGUGAUGGACUGUAAUUGAGAACACACAAUUUGCUACUAUACCACAAUGUGUACAACUAAAAAUAUAAGCCAUUAGAAUGUAUUUAUGGACUUCUAAAUAUGCAAAUACAUUUUCUGAUAAGCACAGUUUCUACCAUUAUUCUUUGAAAUUGUAGGCUAAUCAUCUUCAAUACAGUCCAGUUGAACCAGUGAACUAUA